UCAUCAUCCUUCCUUUGGUCCAUUUGCCGUCCGAAUCCGGAUACCCCUCUCUCUCUCAUUCGAUCGAAAUUCGAAUCCAUCAAUCCAUCAAUCCUUCCUUCCCCUCCAAUUCUGCUUGUUUGGACGAGGGAGAGAGAGAUCACAAGAAGAUUUGGGAUCGUUGCCUUUCGUCUCGAGAGAGUAGCGGAGAUGAAAAGGCACCGUAAUGGGGAGAUAUGGAACUUCGAGAGCCAGACGCCGGCUGCCGGCGCCGGCGUCAUCCUGGGCCUCGACGGCGGCACCACCUCCACUGUCUGCGUCUGUCUGCCGGUGGCAAUGCCCCCCGCUGGCCCCCUCCCCAACCCCCUCCCCAUCCUCUCCCGUGCCGUCGCCGGUUGCUCCAACCACAACUCCGUCGGAGAAACUGCAGCCAGAGAGACCCUACAGGAGGUUAUGGCUCAAGCCCUUUCUAAAGCUUGCUCUAGUCGUGCAGCUGUUCAGGCAGUUUGCUUAGCUGUAUCUGGUGUAAAUCAUCCUAUGGAUCAACAGCGAUUACUGGAUUGGCUCAGAGACAUAUUUCCAAGCCAUGUCAAGUUCUAUGUAGAAAAUGAUGCUGUGGCAGCACUGGCUAGUGGCACGAUGGGAAAGCUCCAUGGGUGUGUACUGAUUGCAGGCACAGGCACCAUUGCUUAUGGGUUCACUGAAGAUGGAAGAGAAGCCCGAGCUGCUGGUGCAGGACCAAUCUUGGGGGAUUGGGGAAGCGGAUAUGGAAUUGCUGCACAGGCAUUGACUGCAGUGAUGAGGGCACAUGAUGGUCGUGGACCCCAAACAAAACUCACAAAAAACAUUCUUGACAUACUUGGUCUUUCUUCACCAGAUGAACUGAUUGGGUGGACCUAUGCUGAUCCCUCUUGGGCUCGUAUUGCGGCACUUGUUCCAGUAGUGGUAUCUUCAGCUGAAGAUGGCGAUGAAGUUGCAAACAGAAUAUUAUAUGAUUCAGUCCAAGAGUUGGCUGAUAGUGUCAUAGCUGUUGUCCGAAGACUUAGAUUGUGUGGUAAAGGUGCAAUGGGGGGGGAUACUUUCCCACUUGUUAUGGUUGGAGGUGUUCUCGAAGCUAACAAGAGAUGGGAUAUAGGGAAAGAAGUCAUAAACUGCAUCUCCAAGGUCUACCCCGGUGCUGAUCCUAUUCGACCUAAGGUGGAACCAGCUGUUGGGGCAGCAUUGCUGGCUUGGAAUCAUUACAUUAAAGAACUUUAAGGGUGACCAUGGCAGUUAAUCCGAGUAAAGUUAUUUGGCUUGAAGAAAGUGUUUACUGUACAGUAACGCAUUUCCAGAUAGGAGAUUAACAAGAAAGCUGAAAAAUAAAAAGGAAAAUUGCUCAGGCGUCACUAGCAUCUCCAUUGGCAUUAAAACUUUUGGCAGUUGUUUGACCUGAUUUCUGAAUUUCAUACCCAGUACAUGCAAUUUCUAUCUUUUUCCUUCUGUCAAUUCAUGGCUUGUAUUACCUUCUAAAAAAGUUCAGAGUGUACAAUAUAUACAGAAAGAAGUGAAUGGAAAGAUCAUUUGCUUCUUGAUUUUCUUCUUUUUGUUCUUUUGGUCAUCCUUCAUACUGUUUGCAUCUAGAAUGCAACCCUUCAUUUUUCUGUUAUUUUUAAUAUUUUUUUAACUAGAUCGACAUAAAAGCAAUGUUUGCGAAUGCAGAAUAUUUUUCUGGCUAA